UAAAUAGAUUGUAGAGAAUAGAGAACAGGCUAAAAUACAAAAAAUCCCCCAAAAGCUCCUUCUAACUGCCAUUCGAAAAUUAAUCCGAACAUUUCCCGACACUCCCGAGGGGAAAAGAAUUGUUAAGUCUCCCAUAAACCGCUAACAUUGACUGUGAGCCCAUACACAUAGGCGUAUGUACGCCAUAAAUUGGGGAGCAAUCGUGGAAACCAUUAAAACAAACAAGACCGCAGCUGCGGGCUCGUCCACUCGAGCGCAGCGCCGGCCCCCGGGCCCGCCCCCCGACCUCGCACAAAAAUCAACAUAAAUAACAAUACACACCCCUAUCUCAAACACUAUGACACCCUUCUUUAGAAAAAAAAACUUAAGUCACAGGUAACACUCAAGCAAAAUACACUCUACAUCCCUGAACGCAAAGAACAUAAUGCCAUAAAAAUUAAAGUGACCAUAGACGAAAAAAAUAAGCACGUUAAGUGAGCAACAAUUGAAAAAUAUUUCGUCUCUUUCGUCCAUUGAAUGGCAUCGGUUAUCCCUCUGCUUUUGAGCGCUUUUAUUAAAUUUAUUGUUAAAGGAAUGUAUAUAAAGUUGUUGAAAUGAAGUAGGGUCUCAGUCUGUGACUUUAGACGCGAGUGAAGACACCCUCUUUUUUAUUUGGUGAUUUUCUUAUUUUUGCAACAAUGUUCGUUCAACAGAGUUACUCCAGGCUGUUUAGGCCUUGGGAUAUCAGUGAUAAUAAAAUCGAAGCGAAGGAAACAAGCUGUGAUGAAACUACUAAUAUAGACAUAACUCCGAAAACUAGCAAGAGAAAACUACAAGAAGACAAAAGAGAGAGCCGCUUGCGAAAAAUUCGUGGAACUUUCAAGAAAAGCGAAUCGAAUCUUCAUCAAGAUGCCACAGUAUCUACGACAACCGUUGAAAUCGAUGACGAUAAAAAGCCCGCCUUGUCUUCCAUUAGCAAUCCCGGAACGACGGUAGAGUCUCCAGUAGCCAGCCUAAGUCUGUGCUGCGACCGGCUCCUACAAGAGGACAAAACUUCUAUCAAGACUGAAAAGAACCCAGUUGAACCCAAGUCACUAACACCGAAACCGCACCACCCUUCAAGCUUGCCGCAAAACCUGCCACCGCCGCUGUACGACGCCUUCAUACCAGGUUAUCCGGCGGCAGACAUCGCGCAAGCGUUCGGAGUAGCCCCCACCGACCCCCUACUUCUCGAAUCCCUAGCACAAGGAUACGCAAUGGAAUUAGAAUACGCUAGAAUUCUCCAACAAGAGAACGAAGCGAAGCUCCUCAACGCACGAAAGCAGCGACCCAAAAAAUACAAGUGUCCGCAUUGUCAAGUAGGUUUCUCUAACAACGGUCAACUAAAGGGGCAUAUACGGAUUCAUACCGGAGAAAGGCCGUACAAAUGCGACGAGAAGAACUGUGGGAAGACAUUUACGAGGAACGAGGAGUUGACGAGGCAUAAGAGGAUACACUCCGGGGUUCGCCCGUUCCCUUGUCCGACGUGUGGGAAGAAGUUCGGGCGCCGGGACCAUCUGAAGAAGCACACGAGAACUCAUUACCUUCAGGCCGAGAGAAUGAUGCCGGUGUUUGUGCCGCUUUCCGCCGUUCCUCAUGUUGGUGGAUAUCCUUAUUUAUACGGCUACUGA